CCCACAAGGAUCCAUUCCAUGGCUUGUUGCGAUGCUCUCUACUGUCCCGAGCGACCCGUCCGUCCAAGAGCACUCCCUUCUACAGAUCACAGCAACGGAGUCAUUGGUCACUCGAUCGACCAAGUCCAUUACGGAUAUGUCGACAACAUGGGAGCCACUGCAAGAGCUUGGAUUGCCUGGGCUUCGGUUCCAGCCUGAAGACUGGAAGACACUUAUCGAGACUCUUGAGCUCGAUCUGCUGGAAACGCUAGGUUUUCGUCGAAGCAACUUUUCUGCCGACGCGCUCAAAAUACUAGUCGAACGCGUCACGGAGGAUGGGUCCGAGGUACCGCUAAGGCAUCUAGACUUUACAGACUCAGAUCUCUCAAGGUGCGCCAUUUCUGAAGCACAUUCGCUAUGCGCAGCGUUAAAGAGAUGGCGCCGUUUGUGGAGAUCGAAGGAUUAA